AUGGUAUGGCCAAGCUACAAUAGGGACAGCCAUGGUGACGCACACCAAAGUUUCGAUGUGAAGCGUGACCUGCACUGGCAUGUCAAAGUUGGCAGUGGUUGCCCUCGUCGUCUUCACUCCACUACCACAAUGUAUCCGCCCGUGGCCAUGGCGGUCUUUACCGGCGUCCUUCUAGGACAGUCUAUUACGACGGCUGCGUUGUCGAUGGAUCGCCGCAGUCUUCCAGAAACGCUGUUAAUGGUGACAAACGGGGUCAAGGCAUUGGGCUUCUUAGGUGCAUCCGCAUUACAAGAGGUCGACCUGCUGGUCUCCCAUCUGCUCGACCUCUCCACUGGCAAGAAAUCUCCCGUCACAUCCGUGGAUGGGACUAUAAAGGAGUUGUCCGAUCUUCUCGACUCUCACAAUGGCACCUUCGACCACAUCGCGUAUGCCCUAGACUUGGUGGCCCGCGGCUUACUCCCAAGCAAUGUCCUCGACCUGCUGGAAGGCGUCACGGACGACGAGAUCAACUCCUCCAACAAUAUCAACACCAAGUCUCCCAGUUCACCCAUCUACCCCCAGAAGGCCCCCGAGGACGCACCCUACUCAGUAGACGAGGCUACCCUCCGCUCGGCCCUGUACAUCCCCUCGAGCUUCGAAUACGGCGCCAACGGGAAAACGCCAGUCCUGCUCGUGCCGGGCACCGCCGUGCCCGCCGGUCUGACCUACCAUUUCAACUUUGUCAAGCUCCUGUUGGCAACAAGCUUCGCCGACCCCGUGUGGCUGAAUAUCCCCAGGAACUCCCUCGACGACGUCCAGAUAAACGCCGAGUACGUCGCCUACGCCAUCAACUACCUCUCAGGCAUGUCCAACAACAGCACGAUUGGCGUGAUCUCCUGGUCGCAGGGUGGCCUCGACACGCAAUGGGCCUUGAAAUACUGGUCCUCCACGCGCGCAGUCGUGCAGGAUUUCAUGCCCGUCAGCCCGGACUUUCACGGCACACUUAUGGGCGGUCCCUGUCCUGGAUUCCCGUCUAGGCUCUGCACGCCGUCCUUGAUCCAGCAAGCCCAUAACACCAGCCUGCUCCGCACGCUUCGCAGCAACGGCGGCGACUCCGCCUACGUCCCCACGACGACGCUGUACUCGAGUUUGGAUGAGGUCGUGCAGCCGCAGAUCGGGACGGAGGCGUCCGCCUUCCUGCGUGAUGCCCGCGCCGUCGGCGUGACCAACAACCAGGUGCAAUUAAGACCACCAUGGUUGCGGGCGUCCUAG